AUGACAACAGCUUGUCGAAUCUAUGCUUUUCUAUUCUUACUCGCUUGUAUAGCAAAAAUAUUUUCUUAUCUUAUUCAAGCUAUUUCACGUUAUUUUAUUGUUAUUCUUUAUAAACAUAAAAUUCUACUUACUUAUUGUACAAGUAUAUUAUUGAUUUUAUUUAGUUGGAUAUGUAGUCUAAUUCUAGGCAGUUCGAUGUUAAUCUCGCCUGUUGCCUUUCAAUACGAACCUGAAUCUCAUUUUUGUGUUUUAACGACUAAAGUAUUUCAUACAUCAUUUACUUUGAUGAUUAUUGCUUUUCUUUUGCCUGUCAAUGCUAUUGUUCUUCUCUAUGGUAUUAUCCUACGACAUACAACACGAACUAAUCUCAUUCAUGUUAAUCAUGUUCUUAAAAACAAUAACAAACGAAGUAUUAAAGUAUUUCGUGAUAUUCUCAUGGUUGUUGUCGUACUUAUUAUUGGUGGAACACCGUAUCUUAUCUCCAUUAUAGUCAAUCAUAUUGAUCAGAUUCCAUGGCCAUUCUAUUCUAUAUCUAUUUUUUUUAUGACGCUUUCUGCUGCCGUCGAAUUGUCUGUACUUUUCUUUACCAAUAACGAAGUAAGAAGAAUUGUCUAUCGGAAACUUGGUUUUCAUCGGACUACCGAAGUUCAUAUAAUUAAUAUGGGAAUAAUGACAAGAAAUUUACCCAUUCGCACUGGCAUUAACAACAUUGCCACAACACCAAUAAUGAUUACAUAAUUCUUCUUGACAUUUUCUAUUCAAAUUAACUAUCGAAGAUAUAGAGCGAGACAGUCAUUAUAUAAAGAGUGUGGGUGUAGUUAUGAUAGACAAGACACACAACUACACUCACAUCCACACGUUAAUUUCUUGCUUUAUUUUCUCAUUCUUUUUUCAUUUAUCUAUUUCAGACAAAGUCAGCAGAAGGUGAUACAGUUCGGGCCAAAAGUCCCUCACUCCCUGAACUCUAUCAAUAAUCCAAGCUUUUGGCUUGAUAUUUUCACUGCUAGUAAGUACUGACAAACGCUGAUCAUAGACACCAACCCGAUAUCAAUUCAAUGUAAUAGAACAGAGUUAUACACCAAAUAUUAUCAUUACAUUGCAUUGCUUGUAUCUCAGUUGGAGAAUCCAACAUUCAAAAGCUUGAGUCUUCAGCUUUCUUCGAUAAAAUUUUCAUUAUAAAACUCUUUCGGAUUGCUAAGAUAUGAGUCUGUUUAACAAGUAUUGACAAAAUGACAAUUAUGAUGAUUUCUACUUCAUCAUAAUGAAAAUCAUCUUUACAUUGAUUGAUUCACUUGAAAAUUUUUUCUCAAUAUACUCAUAGAUUCAGAAAUGUUUCCUGAAAGUUUUAGUAUUAUAGCUUGUAUUAAACUCGAAAUGCGAUGAUAUAAUAGUCUUAUCAUCACAUAUGUCGCCAAACAUUUAUAUCUCAAUAUAAUCAGUUGUUCUUUCUAAUCAGCAUUAUACACAUUAGGGAGUACAUGUAUCACUAGAAAACU